AUGUCCACCAAGGUCAGGAAGUGCAAGGAGCAGGCGAGGGUGACCUUCCCCGCGCCGGAGGAGGAGGAGGGCGAGGACGAGGCAGCCGAGCCGCAGCGCCGCCGCCGGGGCUGGAGGGGCGUCAACGGGGGGCUGGAGCCGCGCAGCCACCGCGCGCCGCCCCGCUCCCCGGGGCCCGACCUGUCCAUGGAGGGGAGCCCGUCCCUGAGGCGCAUGACGGUGAUGCGCGAGAAGGGCCGGCGCCAGGCGGUCCGCGGCCCGGCCUUCAUGUUCAACGACCGGGGCACCAGCCUCACGGCUGAGGAGGAGCGCUUCCUCGACGCCGCCGAGUACGGCAACAUCCCCGUGGUGCGCAAGAUGCUGGAGGAGUCCCGGACGCUAAACGUCAACUGCGUGGACUACAUGGGCCAGAACGCGCUGCAGCUGGCCGUGGGCAACGAGCACCUGGAGGUGACCGAGCUGCUGCUCAAGAAGGAGAACCUGGCGCGCAUCGGCGACGCGCUGCUGCUGGCCAUCAGCAAGGGCUACGUGCGCAUCGUGGAGGCCAUCCUCAACCACCCCGGCUUCGCGGCCAGCGAGCGCCUGACCCUGAGCCCCUGCGAGCAGGAGCUGCAGGACGACGACUUCUACGCCUACGACGAGGACGGCACGCGCUUCUCGCCGGACAUCACCCCCAUCAUCCUGGCCGCGCACUGCCAGAAGUACGAGGUGGUGCACAUGCUGCUGCUGAAGGGCGCGCGCAUCGAGCGGCCGCACGACUACUUCUGCAAGUGCGGGGACUGCACCGAGAAGCAGCGGCACGACUCCUUCAGCCACUCGCGCUCGCGGAUCAACGCCUACAAGGGGCUGGCCAGCCCGGCCUACCUGUCCUUGUCCAGCGAGGACCCGGUGCUCACGGCCCUGGAGCUCAGCAACGAGCUGGCCAAGCUGGCCAACAUCGAGAAGGAGUUCAAGAACGACUACAGGAAGCUCUCCAUGCAGUGCAAAGAUUUUGUGGUGGGCGUGCUGGACCUCUGCCGGGACUCGGAGGAGGUGGAGGCCAUUCUGAACGGAGACCUGGAGUCUGCGGAGCCCCCGGAGGUGCACAGGCACAGAGCGCUGAGCCGCGUCAAGCUCGCCAUCAAGUAUGAAGUCAAAAAGGAGUUGGGGGGUUUAGAUUCCCCGUAUAAGAGAGAUCGCAUGCCUACUCUUUUCAGAGCUGUCCCAUGUCGUUCGUACUAUUACACUGACAACAGGCUGGGGGACUCACAUUUUGUGGCGCACCCCAACUGCCAGCAGCAGCUCCUGACCAUCUGGUACGAGAACCUCUCGGGCCUGCGGGAGCAGACGGUGGCUGUCAAGUGCCUGGUGGUGCUGGUUGUGGCCGUGGGCCUCCCGCUGCUCGCCAUCGGAUACUGGAUCGCCCCCUGCAGCCGGCUGGGGCGGGUUCUGCGGAGCCCUUUCAUGAAGUUUGUGGCACACGCGGCCUCCUUCAUCAUCUUCCUGGGCCUGCUGGUGUUCAACGCCUCCGACAGGUUUGAAGGCAUCGCCACACUGCCCAACAUCACAGUCACUGACUACCCCAAACAGAUCUUCAGGGUGAAGACCACUCAGUUCACGUGGACAGAGAUGCUGAUCAUGGUCUGGGUUCUCGGGAUGAUGUGGUCUGAGUGUAAGGAGCUGUGGCUGGAAGGGCCCAGGGAGUACAUCCUGCAGCUGUGGAAUGUGCUCGACUUUGGGAUGCUCUCCAUCUUCAUCGCCGCCUUCACGGCCAGGUUCCUGGCUUUCCUUCAGGCAACAAAAGCACAGCAGUACGUGGACAGCUAUGUCCAAGAGAGUGACCUCAGCGAAGUGACGCUGCCGCCCGAGAUACAGUACUUCACCUACGCUAGAGAUAAAUGGCUGCCUUCUGACCCGCAGAUCAUCUCCGAAGGCCUGUAUGCCAUCGCUGUUGUGCUCAGCUUCUCUCGCAUCGCCUACAUCCUCCCUGCCAACGAGAGCUUCGGCCCCUUGCAGAUCUCUCUUGGAAGGACGGUGAAGGACAUAUUCAAGUUCAUGGUCCUCUUCAUCAUGGUGUUUCUGGCCUUCAUGAUUGGCAUGUUCAUACUGUACUCUUACUACCUGGGGGCCAAAGUCAACGCUGCUUUCACCACUGUAGAAGAAAGUUUCAAGACUUUGUUUUGGUCGAUAUUUGGGUUGUCUGAAGUGACUUCCGUUGUGCUCAAAUACGACCACAAAUUCAUAGAGAAUAUUGGAUAUGUCCUUUACGGGAUAUACAAUGUAACUAUGGUGGUGGUUCUACUCAACAUGCUCAUUGCUAUGAUCAAUAGCUCCUAUCAAGAAAUUGAGGAUGACAGUGACGUAGAAUGGAAAUUUGCUCGUUCCAAACUUUGGCUCUCCUAUUUUGAUGAUGGGAAAACCUUGCCCCCACCCUUCAGCCUGGUUCCUAGUCCAAAAUCAUUUGUGUAUCUCAUCAUGCGGAUCAUCAACUUCUCCAAAUGUAGAAGGAGAAGGCUACAGAAGGAUCCAGAAAUGGGAAUGGGUAACUCAAAGUCCAGGUUAAACCUCUUCACUCAGUCUAACUCAAGAGUUUUUGAAUCACACAGUUUUAACAGCAUUCUCAACCAGCCAACACGUUAUCAGCAGAUAAUGAAGAGACUGAUAAAGCGGUAUGUCCUGAAAGCGCAAGUGGACAAGGAAAACGACGAGGUGAACGAAGGUGAAUUAAAAGAAAUCAAGCAAGACAUCUCCAGCCUUCGGUAUGAGCUUUUGGAGGACAAGAGCCAAGCGACCGAGGAGCUGGCCAUUCUGAUCCACAAACUCAGCGAGAAGCUGAGUCCCAGCGUGCUGAGGUGUGAAUGACGGCGGCUGGAGCCCCGGGGUGCACUGCAGCAGACGUGGCAAUAACGCUUCUAAGUGUGAAAUACUUGAAAAACUGGUGUACGUUUUUAGUAGCAACUACCUUUAUUAUGUGACUCUUCAAAGGUUAGGGUUAAGAAUUUUGCUGUUUUAUCACAUGAAAACGCAUUUCAUUGUCUGCCUUGACAUUACAAACGACAAUAUACCAUUGUAUUUAAAGGCCCAAUAUUACUACGUUACUGACAGUUUUGUCCAUUUUAGAGUAUACUCUGUUUUUGCACUACCUGUUUGCCUCCAAGAGAUUGUAAACUCCUUGGAGACAGGACUAUGUCUUAUUCAUCUUUGUGUCUCCAGCACCUAGUACAGUGCCUGGUACAUAGUAGGUGCUCAAUAAAUGUUGAAGCCAAGUGAACUGAACUGCCAAUAAAAUACAAAUAAAAAUUCAUCACUGUGUAGCAUACCUUCCCAUGUCCAACUGCUCAAGAGUUUGAAUUUUUUAAAAUAGAAAUGGAAGAAAUUUUAUAAUCAGCUAUGACCUAGUGAGAACUAUGACCUAUUUUCUUAGAAUUUUAGGCAUUGCUGAUAAUCCCAGGACCAAUGAGCCCUGAGUGAGAAUUUAACAAUGAGGUUGGUUAAUAGAAGACACAUUACAGAUUUAAGUUUCAUCGGAUUGUCCCAAACAACACAUUAAAGAUUUUUCUAAAAUAGA